AUGUCAUUUCGCGGCGACGACCAGCGAAGAUAUGGCCAUGUGCCACCUGUACAGUACCCAGUUUCCGGUCGCGGCCAAGAGUACCAACAGCAACAACAACAUCAACAGCAGCAUCAACAGCAGCAUCAACAUCAGCAGCAGCAGCAGCAGCAGCAGUCAUCCUACGACAACAUCGGACGCCGAGCUAGCUUCAACGGUGGAGACGAUGCCGCAUAUAUCCAGCAACCCGCAAGCCGAUCUCCUGCCUUUGGUGGUUCUGGUGAGGAUGAGCUCUUCAUAGGCAAUAACGCGGCUGUCCGACAUGGUUAUGGUUCCACGAACAGCGCGCUGUCGGGCUACCAGCACCAGUAUCAAGAUGUGCCUCCUACGCCCACAUAUUCGUACAACCCCCAAAGCUUUGCGCAAUCUUCAGGCUUUUCCAGGUCGACAUCUACCAAUGCUCUGCCGUAUCGUAACCAGCCGCAGCCGCAGUCUCAGCCUCCCUCGCGUUAUGCCUCGAAUGCCAGCUCCUACACACCACAGGCUUACGACCCGUCUGCUUAUGCGAGCAACAACGGCCCACAACGACAAGGCUCCUACCAAGGAUACAAUUCAUAUGCCCAGCAGUACGGCUCACAAACUUCUCCUGGCUUUAAUCAAUCUACUGGAGGUUAUUCGCAGUCAGCAGCCUCUCCUGCCCUGUCAUCCGGCUUUGAGCCGUCACUACGGAGCCCCUCCCUCAAUGCAUCAUCUGGCGCAGCACAGACCUCGGCAUAUGACCAGCAGUAUAGCCAAUACCCAGGUCAAUUGUCCAACGGAGGGGAAUCUUACUCAAACGCUUCCCAGCCUCCAUAUCCCACUACGACACAGAUGCCCGUUGGACCAUACUACUCCCCAAAUGACCAUAAUUCCCUUUACAACAGAGCAUCUCGUUCAAAUUCGCAGGCCUCACCUAUCGCAUCACCAUCCAAUGCUAGCUCAACUUCACCCGGUUUGCAACGACAUCCCACGAAUGCACCAUUGCCGAGCCGACCUACCGACGAUGAACUUGCCUGGAGGGCUGGACAUGAGCGCAUUACGAGCGACAACCUGAUGCAGGAGUUGGAACUCGAACUGGCUAGCCCAGGACAGGGCUACCGCCCACUUCCUGAGCCAGAAAAUGGCCGAUACGACGAUGAUUUUCAGAGUCAGCAAUUGCAGCGCUUCGACUCUGGUGCUACGACAAUUCCUAAUACCGCAAGCCGAACCACCUCAACACGAACUGGACAGACUGCUUAUGAGCCUGAAGAAGAGGAUGACGAUGCUUACGGAGAGGCUGGCCUGAUGGCUAUGCGACAAGCCGAGCUCGACGAACAGCGCUUCAGUACAGCCUUUGGAUACUCAGACAUGCCCGCUAUGCCUGACCAUAUGCCAGAACCUGCUCCUACCAACUCCUUAUCAACCAACACGUUGGCUACUCACCCCGAAGAGCAAGGACAGAGUAGCGAUAGCGAUUUAGCGGGCGUAGACUUGGGAAUGCUUGGUGGUGGCUUUGGCGGUCACCUGGUUUAUGGCAAAGACAUUGGAUCUCCACCCACCUCGUCUGGUCAAGAUACCGCCCGACCUCUUCCUACACCGGGCUAUUUCAACCGUGCAUAUGAUCAGGGUGAAAGUGUACCAGCGUUCAAGACGGCAGAGAUCGACUACGGGGGCACAGGAGGUUUACAACCCCCAACACAACAUAGACUAAGCUUCGACGAGGACGACGAGCGGGUAUCCCUACGGUCUCGACAAAGUGGAACAGAAUCUCCUAGUAAAGACGAACUGCAAGACCUAUUCUACCACCCAGGAUUGUCGAGCCGCCCACUCCCAGCUAUCCCUGGGCCCGGAUCUGACAGCAGCUCAAUGCUUUCAGUUCAAACCAACAAUCGUCAACAAUAUCAGCACGCAUACACGCGCAGUUCAGACUCACGCUUCGGCGCGCCGGAUAAUCCUGAAGCUUAUUAUACCGCUGGUCAGCCCUACAACGCACAGCCGGAGCGCUCUAUAUCAUUGGCUGGACAUAGCCACACGCCUCAGAUUCAAACUCCCGCUCGUUCCAGGACUGAUGCAGCUGAGGAGCGGAGGAAGCUUGCCAGGCAUGGACAUCAACAAGCCCCAUCCAAUGCUUCUUUCCCAGAAUACGAGACCCCUGCUGGCUCGGUAGCAGCAUUUGAUGGAAUCACUCUACCAAGCGGACGAAAGAAGAAGUUUAUACCCUCAAAGCUCAACGCUGCCGAUUUCCGCAGGUGUCCUGAGCCAUGGGCGCUCAGCGGUCUAGAGGCUUGGAUUCGCGAGAUGGGAGAAGGUGAACAAGAUUUGAGGAGCAAAACCAUCGAAGAAGCUUUGAUCAAUCUCUUCACCGACAAAAUUCCAAUGAUGAACGUGGCAGAUGCUGAGGUUCUCAGUACACAUGUGGUAACAUCAAUGCUCGAACGGGGUGUUCUCGUGCCUGAAGAAGAAUGGGUAAAACUUGGCAACGGCCGCAUCUCUGGUGUCUUGUGGCAAUUGACUGGUUCUGGAUGCUAUGCGCCAAAGGUGCACGACGAGGAAAUUGGCGGCCGAUGUUACUCUCAUCACUGUACCCGCACACUCAAGAAGGUUGAUCUGGAGGAAUUAGCCCAGGAUUCUAAGCCUGCGGAUGAGUGGCACGUCUUUUAUGGACUACAAAAAACCGACUGGGAAUCAAAGCCCAAGAAGGAGGUCGAACGCCAGAAUAUUCUACACGAAAUCGUUACUGGUGAGGAAAACUACAUCAAGCAGCUAGACAUCUUUCGCAGAUACUACCGGGACCAACUUCGGGCUAUGCAACCACCUAUCUUGAAGCCCGAGAAGCGAGACAAGUUUUUGCAUACGGUGUUCGGAAAGCUAGACGAGGUGCAGGAGAUCAACAAAGAUCACUUGCUGUCGCAGCUCAAGUAUCGACAGCAAGAGCAGGGCCCUUGGAUCAUCGGCUUCAGCGAUCUGUUCCGAGAAUGGAUCCGCAAGGCCAGAUCAGUCUAUAUCGAGUAUGCGUCAGCUUAUCCCAAUGCAGUCUAUCAGGUUCGAAGGGAGGCCGAUCGCAAUAUUCUCUUCAAGCGCUUCUUGGAUGAUAUGCAGAAGCAAAAGUUCUCUUCAAAGCACGAUUGGACUCAUUAUCUAAUCGCCCCAAUUCAGCGUCUCCAGCGUUACACUCUUCUGCUUGAGAGUGUUGAGGGAAAGAUGAAAACUGAUAGCGAGGAGAAGACGAAUCUGGCAAAGGCUAUCGCAGAAAUUCGACAAGUAACUCUUGAAUCCGAUAGCAAGGUCGCAGAACAGAACAAAAGGGUCCAAAUGAUGGAGCUGAACAGAAUGCUUGUGCUAAGGCCAGGCUUCCACUCUGUCUUGAACCUUGACCAUCUUGGCCGCGAGCUGAUUUUCCAAGGCGAUUUGCAGCGAAUGGGAUCGAAGGGAGUUAGAUGGGUUGACACGCAUGCCUUGCUCUUUGAUCACUACAUGAUUCUGGCGAAGACGGUGACUCCCAAGGAGGGUAAGGAUAAGAAGUAUGAUGUCUCGAAAGAGCCUAUCCCCAUGCCUCUUCUGUUCCCAGAAAGUAUCAACGACGAGCCGGUCCAGAAGCAAAAGGGCAUUACCGCGCCCUUGGGCAGAACCACAGCAGCAUCGUCCUCUAGCAAUCAGCUUAACAAAGUGGGAAGUAAUACCGGCAGACCCGGGCUGGAGCAUGCAGCGACGAACUCGUCUCUUGGCUCAUCUUUGGCACCAAGCAAUUCCAACGACACGGAGGGCAAGAUUCUGUACCCAUUCAAGGUCAAGCAUUUGGGUCACGAAGUAUAUACUUUGUACGCAUCAUCAGCAAAAGACCGAGCCGAUUGGUGCAGCAAGAUUAUCGAGACGAAGACUAGGCACGCCAAGGCGCUUUUCUCACAGAACGCCGAACCUUUCAGGCUUCGAGUCCUCGCAGAUGCCGCUUUCCACUACGAUGGUGCCUCCAUGUACGCCAGAUACCCUAGUGUCCCAGUCAAAGGUACUCCCCUCGACCGGGCUAUUCAUGAAUUGGAGAGUGUGCUGGGACCAGCUCAGGGAGUCGCUCCUGUUUGCCGUGCUCAAGUCAACUGCGCUACCAGCUUCACUGCCUUUGGCAAGUCGGUGAUUGCCAUUGGAACUGAUUAUGGUGUCUAUAUCUCGGAGCCAUCGAAUCCCCGUGGGUGGCAAAGGACGGUCCCAGCAACUCGUGUCACCCAGAUUGCUGUCCUUGAAGAGUUCUCUGUUUGCGUGCUUAUUGCCGACAAGAACCUCAUAUCCUAUCCUAUGGACGUAAUCGCUCCAGUAUCUGACUUCUCGGCUCCUUUAAACGACAACCCCCGACGAGCGCCGCAGAGACUGGCCAAGGACGUCACAUAUUUUGCCACAGCCAAGAUGAAGGACAGGAUGCUUCUGUUCUACAAACGCAAGGAGGGCCUGCACACCUCGUUCAAAGUCCUCGAACCUAUCUUCCAGAAGUCAACAGAGAAGAAGUCACGACUCUUUGGUGGUCGCAAGACAGGUGGAGGAAGCGCCGAGACAUUCCGCGACUUCGACGAAUUCUUUUUCCCGACUGAAUGCUACUCUCUGAGCUUAUUCCAAACUUAUAUCGCCGUCGCAACGGCUAAGGGAGUCGAGAUGCUUACGUUGGACAAGAAGCAGCCCAUGUCGAUUCCCGACCUCAAGGCACCCGCGAUCGCCAACAUUGCCGGCCGCAUCCGAGAUCAGAAACCGCUGGGUAUGUUCAGGCUCAACGAGAAUGAGUUUAUUGUGACAUACGAGGAUUGCGCUGUGUACGUGGACAAGCACGGCGACGUUAGCCGAACACUUAUCAUGGAGUAUACGGGCAAGCAGAAGAAGGCCCGUGGUGCGACCAUGUACGGACAGUAUCUACUCCUUUUCAACGAGGACUAUGUCGAGGUACGAAACGCGGAGAACGGACGACUCCGUCAGAUUAUUGCUGGCCGAGACGUGCGUGUUCUUGAUUUAGGCGUCCGUGGGCCUACGGGCAAGAGCACAUUGAACACACAGUCGCACAGUAACGGAUAUAAUCAAGCAUCGAGCGCGGGUAGUGAAGGUUCGAAGGGCACAGUCAAGAUUGCCAUGUCGCAUCCAGAACUGCCCGGCCGACAGAUCGUUUUGGAGAUGCUUUUGAAUGACGGUCAUAUGGAGAAGUAG